UCCACAAACAUUUUCUACGUAGUACAGCACUACCAAUGGAAGAUGGCGACCAGAGUCCUUCAGAGAUUUGGAAGUGGCCUGGAUCGGGCAAAAAACAGGGCCCGGUCGACGGGACAGAUAGUCAUUUCAAGCAGGGGUUUGGCAGCAUCGAGUAACAGAAACCGAGAAGACAGCUGGUUUAAAUCACUGUUUGUGAGGAAAGUAGAUCCCCGAAAAGAUGCACACAGUCAUUUGCUAACCAAGAAUGAGGAGAGCAACCUAUACAAAAUUCAGUUCCACAAUGUCAAACCAGAGUGCCUGGAUGCAUACAACCAACUUUGUGAGGAUGUCUUUCCAUCCAUCCAUGCUGAUAAGUACUACCCCUGUGAACUGGUGGGCACCUGGAAUACCUGGUAUGGAGAGCAAGACCAGGCUGUCCAUAUGUGGCGGUAUAGAGGAGGCUACCCAGCUCUUACUGAUUCCAUGAAUAAACUCAAGCAGAACAAGGAAUUUAUGGAGUACAGAAAGGAGAGAGGGAAGAUGCUUCUGUCUCGUAGGAACCAGCUCCUGUUGGAGUUCAGCUUCUGGAACGAGCCUGCCCCUAGACAAGGACCCAACAUCUAUGAGUUGAGGUCCUACCAGCUCAGACCUGGAACUAUGAUUGAGUGGGGUAAUUACUGGGCCAGAGCCAUUGGCUACCGGCAGCAUAACCGUGAGGCAGUAGGAGGGUUCUUCUCCCAAAUUGGCAACCUGUACAUGGUGCACCAUCUCUGGGCCUACAAAGACCUCCAGUCCAGAGAAGACACAAGGAAUGCAGCCUGGCAACAUGAGGGCUGGGACGAGGUUGUGUAUUAUACAGUUCCUCUCAUUCAGCACAUGGAUUCAAGGAUUAUGAUCCCAAUGAAGGCUUCACCGUUGCAGUAAAGGAAAAGAAAUCAGACAUUGAACCUCAAACCUUUUUAGCGUAACAAACGUCUAUAAAUAUUUCACUGCCAUGGUUUCAUCCUCCUGUCACUGUUGCCAAUGAACCCACUGUUUUGGAUUUAUUUCACAUAACCAUAUUAUGACUUUGCACCAGCAAACUAUAGGUAGUACUUGCAAAAUGCAUUUCAAAGACAAAGUUCAAGGCAAAGUUAACAGCGUCUUUCUUUCUGUGGCUGAAAUGCUCUUUCCUUAAUAAGAUGAAGGGCAGUGGCGUGCGCACAAACGUCUAUUUGUUCUUUGGUAGGAUGGGCAACAUCAGCAUAUGUAAA